GUAUUUUAGCCCUCUCAAUUAGGGUUGAAGUGACGAGGAUGGAAUUCCAUCUCACAAUCAGAACCAUGCUACUCACCCCCAAGCUGAGGUUCUCAUAUCUACCAAGCCAUUUUCAUUACACCAAACUUCGGAUUUUCUCUUCUUCUUCUCCUUCUCCUCCUCCUCCUUUGCGAUUCUCUCCUUGGUCUGGUCUCCAAAGCUGGAGAGAGAGCCCACUGAACGAGGACCGGUUUUGGGGACCCAAUGGUCCGCAGCCUCUGUUACACUCCCGACAUUCUUCCUCCGAUACUGACGCCCCCAACACGCCGGCCCCUCUUGAAGCUUCCGGUUCCUCUCUUGCAGAGCUUGGUUCUCUGGUUCUGUCCACCAGUGACCCUCUUACCAAAUCCAAGUUAUCUCAAUUGGCUUUCUCCAGGUGGCGCUAUGAGAAUCUGCCAAUUGGACUCUGCCACCCUCCUUCUCGACCUGCUCGCCCUCCUAACCCUCAAUUGGUUUCUCCAAAGGAUGUUCCCGACCCCAAAAAGUCUGGCCUGCCUCUUAAUGCUUAUCUGCUUCAUAACCUGGCUCAUGUGGAGCUCAAUGCAAUUGAUUUGGCAUGGGAUACUGUUGUACGAUUUUCACCCUUCUAUGAUAUUCUUGGGGAGGAAUUCUUUGCCGACUUUGCUCAUGUUGCUGAUGAUGAGAGCCGUCAUUUUGCCUGGUGUUCACAAAGGCUUGUUGAGCUUGGUUUCAAUUAUGGAGAUAUGCCUGCUCAUAACUUACUUUGGAGAGAAUGUGAGAAAUCAUCAGAUAAUGUUGCUGCACGUUUGGCUGCCAUUCCAUUAGUACAGGAGGCUAGGGGCCUUGAUGCCGGGCCACGCUUGGUCCAAAAAAUGAUUGGUUUUGGGGAUCACAGGACAUCUAGCAUUGUAGCUAGGAUUGCUGAAGAGGAAAUAGCACAUGUAGCUGUUGGUGUAUACUGGUUUAUGUCCGUCUGCCAUAAAAUGAAUCGUGCCCCAUGCUCCACAUUUAAAGAUUUAUUACAAGAGUAUAAUUUGGAGCUGAAAGGGCCAUUUAAUUAUUCAGCUCGAGAUGAAGCAGGCAUUCCACGCGAAUGGUACGACUCAUCAUCAACAAAGAAAGAGCCUGAAGAGAAGCGGAAAAGUAGUCAGCAGCUUUCAGAGGUUUAUGAUAGGCUCGCUUGUAUCAUCUCCAUGGAGAGCGAGCAUUCGAGUAUAAAUAGACCUUCUCGAUGACUUUAUUUGAAUAGACACGGCAAUAUCAAGGGUACAUUUCUAUGAAGCUGUCCUGUUAGGUUUUGUGUAUUUGUUCUGAACUCUGUAAUUUGGUGUCCAGUUUUCCAUAUAAACUACUACGUCCAUGGACACGAAAGCUGUAGCAAACCAAGUAUUUUACAUUAUGCUUUUUGUACUCCCAAUUAGCUCUUUGUAUAGCCAUGCAAUUGUUGAACAACUUGUUCUUGAUAGUCUGAAGAUUUUAUUA